GUUUUACAUCGAGAUAAUUUAUUUAGGUGAAUCAUCUAAAUACACUUAUGUUUGUUUCUUUAUCUCCAUUUUCAUCCAGAUAAGUCUACUAAACAAAUUACUAAAAUACAUUUGUUUUGAUUUAAUUAUAUGUUUGAUUUUAAUUUUAGUUAUAUUAACUUUUAUUAUUUAGUCUAAUAUAUUUACAUUGAAAUAAAUUUAAAAAAUUAGCAUUUUGACAUUCAUAAAUUAUUAUUUCAUAUAAAUUUAUAAAUUUGAUUUACAUUUGUAUUUACGACAAAAAUAACUUCUAAUAAACAAAAAGUUUGAAAAACAUGUACUUAAAAAAACUUUAAAGUUCAAACUAAAAAUAUUAUUAAUAUUAAACUGAUUAUAAUAUUCAAAUAAAUAUAUCUAAAUUACUUUUGUAUUUUUUUGUGGAAAAUGCGAUUUUUUCGUUUUUAACAAAAAUUGCGAUUUUCCGGCAUCAGGUGGGAAGAUGCGAUUUCAAGUUUUGGCCGAAAACCAUAAUUUUUUAUUCUAACGGGAAAACGUGAUUUUCCUGUUUUGGCUGGAAACGAGAUUUUCUUAUUUUGGUGGGAAAACGAGAUUUUCCGGUUUUGGCAGAAAAUGAAAUUUUGGCUUUAGCAAAAAACACAAUUUUUGUUUUGGCGGAAAAAUAAAUUUUCAGGUUUUGGUAGAAAAACAUGAUUUUCUGGUUUUGGCGGAAAAAUGCGAUUUUUGGUUUUGGUGGGAAAAUGAGAUUUUUUGGUUUUGGCGAGAAAACAAGAUUUUCCAGUUUUUGGCGAAAAACAUGAUUUUCUAGUUUUGGCGAAAAAAUGCGAUUUUUGGUUUUGACAUGAAAACAAAUUUUAGUUUUGACGAGAAAAUGAAAUUUUUGGUAUUGAGAGAAAACGAUAUUUUUCGGUUUGGGGUGGGGGGGGGGACAAGUUUUCCGGUUUUGGCAGGAAAACGAGAUGUUUUGGUUUUGGAGGAAAAACGAGAUCUUUUGAUUUUUGCAGAAAAACGAGAUUUAACAGAGAAUUGCAAUCUCGAUUUCUAUUUGAGGAAUUAUGUUGCCUAGUCAAUAGUUGGAGAAUAAAUGUGUUAAUUUCGCAUUGUUGAGGAACAAAAUAUCAUUUUUCCAGUUGUUAUCACAUAUUUUCCAGUUGUUAUGGCAUAUUUUGCUUAUGUUUUCUAUGUAAAAAAUUAUAGUAGAAACCUUAUAAAUUAAUAUUCAAUUAACUAAUAUAUUUUUUUCGUUUUUAAGUUGUACCGGUUCAAAAUAUGACAUAAAUCGAUAAAAUAAUAAGAUAAUACUUUUUAAAAAAACUUAUAUAAAUAUAUGGUCCUAUUAAAAUCAUAAAAUUAACAAUUAUAUAUAUAUAUAUAUAUUUGUGUAAUUUUUUUAUAAGUACAAACAAACCAUGUUAUAUUUUUUUAUAUUUAAAUGAAAUUAUUUGGAAAUUUUCUUAAUACUUCAACAUAUUUUGGUAAUAAUUAUUAAAAUUGUAUCUAAAACACAUUUAAAUUUUAUGCAACAUAUUUAAUAUAAACCAAAUAAUAUGAUAAAUGCAAUAUGAAUAAAAAUAGUAAAAUCAUUUUUUUAUUUUAUAAAAAUUAGAAAAAAUUAAAAAAAAAAGAAACUUUGUAAAUUAGUUACUCUAUAGAUUAAUAAAUUGUUAUAGUCCCAACAUUAUUAAUUUAGAAAUUUUUAGUGUAAUAUUCUCAUAUUUUGCUUAAAAAUUCUUACAUUUUGCUUAAAUUUUUUUAUAUUUUGCUUAAAAAUUCUUAUAUUUUUCUUAUGUUUAUUAUGUAAAAGUAUUAUAAUUUAGUGAUUUAACUGACACAUAUAACCGGACAUGCAAUUCUGGGUGGACGGGAAGGAAUGGCGUGCUUGGCACAAAGAUUACAUUGUAAAUCUCCCUAAUGGUGAGGGUAUUUGGGUUGCUCUUCAUCCAAAUGAGAAGGAACAUCCGGGGUAUUAUGACUAUAUACUAUGGAGUUGAGAUCUUGAAGAUAAAGGGUUCAGAUGGUAAUCUUGCCGGUCCUAAUUCCUAAACCUGGUCCACGAGUGAUUCCAUACACAUCCAAAAUCCCACAAGUCCUAUUCACACAAUUAAUCAAACAAAUUACAGAGAUUUAAUUAAAAUUCAUAACGAAAAAGGUAAAUAUAAUUAAAAAUAAAAUUAUGCGAUAUCUUAUAUAAAUUCCUAUUAUUAUAACUACAAUUGUACAAAAAGACGGAUGGCUUAGCAUGAAGCGUUAGGAAGAAAAAGUUUUUUGUAGUUCACAUGGAUCAAGAUUUCCCGGUGUGGUUCACAGAGUCAAUAUGAAUCUGUAAAGUUGUUGACAAAAAAAAUAUAUAACUACAAUUGUAGGUAUUGUGGUGUUGGAUAUCAUAGCAAUUUUGCAAUGUUCUAGUGGAUUUAUUUUGGACUAAGUCUCGGAGAUGUAGGAAAACCAGAAUAAAAAAUUAUAUGCAUUCUUUAUUUUAUACUCACAUAUUCUAGAUGCAUUCAAACACGUAGAUCUAGCCAUGAUAUGCACUUAUACUCUGUGAAUUAGUACAGUUUUUGUGGUUGUGGUUCCAAUAUUGAAUCUAUUAAAACAAAAUUUUCUAGUUAAUAAAUUAUAAUAUGCAAAAAUAAGUCAACAACCAUUGGGUGUUUAAAAAAAAGUCAACAACCAUUGGAAAGUCAAGUACGUCUUAGCAAUUCAUAAAUUUAUGGUGAUCCGGAUACGGAUCGGGUCGGUUCGGGUUCGGUUCGGAUUUUAGAUUACGGAUUACGGAUAUUAUGCCCAGGCAGAAUUAGUUUUACUUUUAUCAUGUUUAAGUAUCUAAAAUUAAUGAUAAUGACAGUAUUGUAAUAAUUAUCAACUAAAAGGGUUAUUAUACCCAUUUUAACGUGUGUACAAAAUAUAGAAUUAGUGUAGUAAUUAGUUAAAAAAUAAGAGUCAAUCAAAGUAAUUUUCUCUAUAAAAUAUACUAAAAAAUAUAGUUUUCAAUAUCCACAUAAUUUGAUAUAUAUUGUUGUGUCGGUGAUUAAACCCACCGUUUUUGGGUAACCCGUAUAUAUAUAACAAGCAUAUCCUAAUGUGUGGUAUAUGUCAUCUAUAAGCAAGCCUGAAAAAGUUCGAACCCUAACUAAUUUCGCCACCUGUUUCAAACAAUGACGACGAUCUCUGAUCUUUCCAGAUAUUUGAUCGGGGAGAUACUCUCCAAAGUUCCGAUUACAUGUGUUGGAAAAGUAAGAUGCACAUGCAAACGAUGGAAUGCUUCAUCGAGACAUAGGAUAUUUGGUAAAGCAGUAGCUAGGCAGUUUAUGGGGUUCAUGAUGAUAGAUUUUAAGGUUUGUUCAGUUAGAAUCGAUCUCAACGGAAUAGUAAAGGACGAGGAAGGCUCUGGUCCAGUAUCUAUAAAACCUAUUGAUAAGCUCAAUGAAAUCGAGAUAUCUAAAGUAUUUCACUGCGACGGCUUGUUGUUAUGCACGACCAGAGACAACACGAGGCUAUUGGUUUGGAACCCGUAUCUAGGGCAAAUGAAGUGGAUCGAGCCCAAAACAGCUUACCACAGAUUGGACAGGUAUGCUCUGGGGUAUGAUACAAACAAGAAAUCCUACAAAAUAUUGAGGUUUGUAGAUGAUGCCUACUGGCCCACAUCCCUUUUUGAGUUUGAAAUCUACGAUAUGAACUCUAACUUGUGGAGGGCUCUUGAUGUCACUCCCGACUGGGAUAUCGAGUUUUUUCGACCCGGCUUGACAGUAAAGGGAAACACUUACUUUUUUGCUAAACAAAAAAUAAUAUUAGACGAAGGUGAAGCAGACGGAGAUGUAGAUGAUUUCUUGGUCUCUUUUGAUUUUACCAAAGAGAGAUUUGGACCACAUCUGCACGUGCCGUUUCACUCUCAUCUCGACGAAGACACCGUGGUUCUAUCGAGUGUCGGAGAAGAGAAGCUUGCAGCGUUAUAUCAAUGCAUGGAUAGAAAUAUGAUGGAGAUAUGGGUUACGACUAAGAUUGAGCCCCACGCGGUGUCCUGGAGCAAGCUGUACUUCUUAGCAGUUGAUAAGAUGGUCCCUCUCUUAAGUGGAAGUUUCUUCAUUGACGAGGAAAAGAAACUCGCACUGGCUUUCACUUUAGACACACUUGGUCGCUACAAAAGGGCUUACAUCAUUGGAGAGGAUGAGUAUUUUAAACAAGUGGAUCUCGGAGAAGCUGUUGUGAUUCCUGAUGACGACGACUAUCCCUACUGUUUCCCACUCGUAUGCUCUUACGUGCCAAGUUUAGCUUAGUACUAUCGGGAAAAAGGAAAGAACGAUAAGUUCAUUUUUAUAAGUGUCGUGUUUGUUUCCGCAUAUCAUCUCCUCUUUGUUUUCUUUUGCCUUUUGUCAUCUUCUUUGAACAAGACUUAGUCAAUUACUUUUAUUUAUUACUCGUAUUGAAGUCUUGACCAAGUAUUUAUUUUAUCACAAAACAAUCAUCCUUUUGGACAUAUGCGUGUUGCAACUACCUUUGUACCAAAAUACUCGUCCCGAUCGUGCAGUAUGAACUGCAUUUUAUUAGCUACCUUUAAUUCUCCAGCCAAUAUUUGAUGGAAAGAGAAAUAGUUAUGAGCUAAUCCGUCCCUUACCAAAUCAAAACAAAAUAAUGCCUAUAAUUAAAAAAAGUUCGA